CCUGUCAACAAGCUGGUUGCUGUGAUUAUAACCGAUUGCUUUCUUUUCCCCCUCUUUCUUCUUCUUUCUGCUUUUACUUUUCCCUUUUCCCCUUUACACACACACACACUCAUGCCUCGGAUGCUCCGAAAAAAGAUCGUCAUAGUAGGAGACGGGUCCACCGGGAAAACGAGUCUUUUAAUCGUAUAUCAGAAGGGCAAGUUCCCUGAGCACUAUCUGCCCACUGUUUUCGAAAACUAUAUCACUCGACUCGACCUCCAGAACGGCAAAUCGGUGGAACUGGCGCUGUGGGAUACGGCGGGCCAAGAGGAUUACGAUCGAUUGCGACCGUUGUCCUAUUUUGAAACGAAUGUUGUACUUGUAUGCUUUGCGGUCGAUAACCCCAUCUCAUUCCAAAAUGUGCGGGAUAAGUGGCUUCCGGAAGUGAAGCAUUAUUGUGGACGAGACGUAGCACUCGUCCUGACGGCGCUGAAGAUCGAUCUGAGGAAGGAAGGCUGCAUAACUUAUGAUCAGGGAGCCGCGUUGGCAAAGGAAAUCAAGGCAAAGUACUGCGAGUGCAGCGCCAAACAGAAUGUGUACGUUGAUAACGUCAUCCGAACAGCAGCACAAGUAGCGACUCGGCCCAAAGCUUCCUUGAUAAGAAAAAGGUGGUGCCAUAUUCUCUAGUAUCAGCAUCAGCAUAUAUACACGCAUUAUUUCUACACAAUCUACUACUACUCAUUCUUAUACGCUCACGAUAUCUCCUUUCUAUGCCACCGACCAGCCAUCCAUCCAUCUAUCAUCAUCUGUUCUCUAUUAUCUGUACAAAGACAAUCAAUCCACAUUUCUGCCAUCUAUUGUCCGUUAUUCUACCCUUCCAAUACCAUUACACUCCACCACAUGCCUGCAUACUUAGCCCUCCAACAUACGAAUCAAAGCUUUAUUUUUUAAUAUC